UUCAUGCGGUAUCCGCAGUGAUACUGAGGUGGUCUCUGCUGGCUUUGCUGGGGACUCGCUGAGCGCCACAAGGUGCUCCUCCUCCGCUGACAGAUCGCUCCGCUCUUCAGCCGCCAGACUCAUCAGUCCUCUUCUGUGCAAGCAGAACAGAGUUGCUUUCUGAGAAGCAAGACUUUUCGAAUCGCAAGGAGGAAAAAGAAAGAACCCUCAUGAAUCUGCGCAAGGUCAAGCAUCCACUGAGCUGUUGGGAAAUUGAAACGCUGCCUUGAAUGUAUUUGGAUUCAUUUAAUGCAGUCCCGUUGCGCUCCGUUUACCGAGUUUUUCGGAUUUUGUCGGAGAUUUAAAGGACUGGAGUGCAAUAUUUUGAAAAGUACCGCUGCAGGUGCUUGGCUCCUAUUUUAGUGAUGUGAUGCUUGAAGUGUGAGCCUGGAGGUCCUCACUUGUGUGGGUGGCAGCGAGUCAUGCAACGCUCUCUUGCCGUCACGACUGGAGUCUUCUCUAGAUCUUUGUUUCUUGCCUGCUGCCUUAUGGGAGUUCUCUGCAAUUCUAAAGUCCCUUUCCAGAAGAGCCAAGAGAGGCUAGAACGUGCCUUGACUCAAAACAAAGCAGACCAAGCAUCUAGGACUGGACUUAGUCAAGCUACCCAAGAACAACUCAAAGAAAUUUCAAGAAUGGGUAGAGAAGAAGUGACAAAGGAUGGGAAAAGCAAAACUAACAGAGGUAAUUGGAGCAAGCAAAAAUCAAAUCUGAGCCUCCAGGAGAAUGAGAAAAUUCCUGAAAUCCAGGAACCCACAGAGGAAGUGGCACCAGAUGAGAGUGAUGGAGGACCAACACCAGAGACCAGUGUUGCUCCUGAUGCUUUGGAAGAAUAUGCUUACCCAGAUUAUCGUGGGAAAGGCUGUGUAGAUGAGAGUGGGUUUGUAUUUGCAAUUGGAGAGAAGUUCACUCCAGGGCCCUCAACCUGCCCUUGUCUUUGUACAGAGGAAGGACCCCUUUGUGCCAAGCCAGAGUGUCCUAAGGUUCAUCCUCGCUGCAUUCAAGUGGAUACAAGUCAGUGCUGUCCACAGUGCAAGGAGAGAAAAAACUAUUGUGAUUUCCGGGGCAAGACCUACAAAACAUUAGAGGAGUUUAGGGUGUCUCCAUGUGAAAAGUGCCGUUGUGAAGCCAGCGGAGAAGUGCUGUGUACGGUAGCAGCGUGUCCACAGACGGAAUGUGUGGAUCCUGAAUAUGAACCAGAUCAGUGCUGUCCGAUCUGCAAAAAGGGGCCAAACUGCUUUGCAGAUAACACAGUGAUCCCAGCAGGCCGUGAAGUGAAAGUGGAUGACUGCACCAUAUGCUAUUGCACGUACGAAGAAGGAACGUGGAGAAUUGAACGUCAGGCAACAUGCAGCAAGCAUGAAUGCAAAGACAGCUAGGCAGACGUUUGAGUUUUGUGUAGGGGUGUGAUCUAGAAGCUUAUCCCAAACACCCCAAAAUGGCCUGGUAAAAGUUUACUGUAGAUCCCUGCAAGGCCAAGCAUACAGAAAAAAAAAGUCAUUUUAAUAGACACUCAUACCAAGUAGAUGUGUGGGUGCAAAGGAAACACAAAUAACUUUAAACAUGCUAUCAUUUUUCUUCAGUACUUAAGGGUUUAUUCUUUUUUGCUUUGAUGUUCUUUGAAAUGUUAAAUGAGAGCAAUUUUUAUCUUUUUUGAUAUGCAAAGGGAAUAUUUUAAUAUAUGGUGAUAUUACAAAAGAAUUAUUUGAAGAGUUCAAUUGCUUUUCUAAACUGUCUUACAGUUCCCUGGAAAUAGGGUGUAUACUAAAUAUUUAAGACCGAGUGCCAUUAAACAUCAAUUUAUAAAGCAAACAAUCAAAAGAAGAAUGUUUUGCUAUGAAAAAAAAUAUUAAGGGAAAGAAAUAAAUGUCCAAAUGUAGUCAACAAAUAGAGCCAUCUAUGUUCUGAGUCUGUCAUUUGAAUGAUUUAGGUAGCAGGUUGAUGAAAGGACACAAAAAAAAAAACCUUGGUGAGUAUGUACCCUUCAUCAUUGCAACACAUGAAUUCAUACAUAAUUCAAGAAAAAAGUAAAACAGAGUAAUAAUCAAGCUUUUUGUCAUUUAAAUCUAUUCUGCUUUGAAUGUAUCUGCUACUCCUGUAAUGCAUUUUACACAUCACUGGUUGGUUUAAAGUGCUCUAUUUUGCUAAAAAAAAAACCUGUUAUAUUACUGUUGAAUACUGAAGAAUAUUUAUUUUAUUGUGAAACACAUACACUGUAGAUAUAUGAUAGAAUGGACUAUAGUUAUUUUUAAUGUGCUUGACUGUAAAUAGCAUUUGUUUGACAGAUAACAUGGUGCAAACAUUAGCUAGAUCAUAUUUUUUCUUCAAAAAAUUGAUAUAUGUGCACACAAAAAUGAAUAUUUUUACCUUAAAAAUGUAAUGUAUAUAGCUUCUCCUUGCCUUGUCCAAUGUGUUAAAAAGACUGUUUACUUAUUUUUUAAAAAUUAUGUUUCAAUUUUGCUAAAUAGUAGAAGCUAACAUUAUGCAGGUCCUUAUUCACCUCACAGCAACAAACCACCCACUGUAGCUGCUGUGAAUGAACUAAUUUCAGUCUAAAGUACUUUGCACAUUGCAGAUUCCCUGAAAUCCACCCUCCAACCCACUCUUUCACCUCUGUUAUUGGUAUCAUUUCUAAAAAGAUUGAUAUCUAUGUUUUUAUUUUGCAUAGCAUCUUUCACAGCAGCCACCAUCUCUAAAUACUUUACACAUUAAGAUAAAAUGCAAAAUGAAUACCGAUGAUGAUUCAGUCCUGCUCUCUGAAUUCAACCAAUUGAAUCAUUCAGGGUGCAACUGCAUAUCACAUCAUGGAGAUCAACAUUCACGGCACUCUGUUUGACUGAGCUUCAGUGAAAGGUACUUUAAAAAAUAAACACAUGAAUUGUCCUUCUGGAGUUAACACUCAGCUAAAAGGGUAAUUAAUCACUUCAACAUCUCCUCACAACACUGGCCAUCUAUCUGUCUACCUACAGUAUCUGGGCAUGUAAAAGACAAUCUAUUGGGAAGUAAAUAAGUACUUUUUUGCAUACCUCACAGUGGAAACACAGAGAGUGCCUGUCUUUUAAGUGCUAAAAUAAACCUUUAAAGCUUCUGCUCCUUACAUCCAUCACAAAGUUUGUUUUUACUGUCUAAAUACCUAGCAUUAGGUUCUUAAAUUAAUUUUGUCAAAUAGUACAGCUUAAAAUGUAUACUAUAACCCAUUAAAUUAUCCAGAAAGUCAAAACAGUUAAAAAUCUGAAAAAUGAUUUUCCAAGAGAAUUGUAGUGUCUUGUCCUUAAUCUUUGUAAAUUAUGUAUGUACAGUUUUCAUAUUUUAUACAGUCACACAUGAUACAUCCAAUAUAUGCCAUCUGAUCUUCUCCUGUGACGUAUAAAAAUUUCAGAAACACGCAGAUUAGACAACAGUGUGAAUCGGCUGGAUGUCAAGCAAAGGGUAUCCGUAUAUGAUAGUUGUCAUUCAUUGAUUGUUUUGGCAAUAAUCACUUUAUUUUUUUUUAUUUUUCAUACUAUCAAUCUCUGAGAUUUCACAGUGAAUUUCAUAAACAAAUAUAAUCCUAAUACAGGGAUAUUUCAACUGCUAUGUACUGUUAUUAUUAAUGGCUAUGCUUAAAAAUGAUCAUUUGGCUUCUAACUCUUGGGAAAAAUCAUUCUGUACAUUCCCAAUAUUUGCCACUGAAAUAAACUAUACUUGUUUAACUUUA